GCCAGAUGACCUGCAGCACAGACUAUAAGAGCCAAGUUUCAACCACAAGUGAUGCCUUGUCACUUGGUGCAGCCUUGCAGCUUAAAGCAGAGCUCAGAGCCCUUGAGGAAACGAUGAGUGCUGGGUUACUGGUGGGGACAGGGGAACCACGCUGCCUUUUCGGGUUUGUUCCAGGCCACUGACCUAAUAAGAAGCCUUUGUGCUUUGUGCUUCGGACUGCCUGACAGAUCAGACUUCCCUGUGCGGGGAGUCUAUUCAUCUCCAGAGUCAGAGCCAAGGACAUAAUGUGACACGUCUCAAUUCCUGACAGUUCGGAGAGAUUAACGCUGAAGCCAACAUGCAGGAGUGCCACACCGGCCUGUGCCUUUCUGUCUACAUCAUUACCUUUGUGCUGGGCUUCCCGGCAAAUGUCCUGGCCUUCUACACCUUUCUGAAGAAGGUGAGGCAGAGGCCCACACCGAUCGACAUCCUCCUCCUCAACCUGACCAUCUCUGACCUCCUCUUCCUGCUGUUUUUGCCCUUCAAGAUGCAGGAGGCCAUGAACAACAUGAAGUGGGAGCUGCCCUACGCCCUCUGCCCCGUCUCUGGUUUUGUCUUCUACAUGACCAUCUACAACAGCACCUUCUUCCUCACCGCCGUCAGCGUGGAGCGCUACCUGGGCGUGGCUUUCCCCAUCAAGCACACCCUGAAGCGCCGACCAGUGUACGCCGUUGCCGCCAGCAUCUUCUUCUGGAUUUUCUCCUUCCUUCAUCUGAGCAUUGUGUUCAUCGUGCCGUUCAUCGGAGAGGAAAGCCACAGAAAUUCCACCUUUGGCGACGAAAUCAAGAGCGAGGUGUGCUACGAAAACUUUACCGCAGAGCAGCUGAAGGUGCUCCUCCCUGUGCGUCUGGAGCUGUGCGUGGUGCUGUUCUGCAUCCCUUUCCUCAUAUCCAGUUUCUGCUACAUCAACUUCAUCAGGAUUCUGUCAAGGCUGCAGCACAUUGACCGGCGCCGCCGCCUCCGGGCCAUCGGCAUGGCUUUGGGRACACUGCUGGUUUUUGCUCUGUGCUUCGGCCCCUACAACGUCUCCCACAUUGUGGGUUUCAUCAUGAAGAAAAGCCCUGCRUGGAGAGACAAAGCCCUCCUGUGCAGCACCUUCAACACGUGCCUGGACCCAUUUAUUUUCUACUUCUCCUCGUCAGCCGUGAGAGGAACUGUCAGUAAAAUGACCGAAGGGGUUAAAAGUCACCUCCGCAGGUGCCUGUCCUGUCGCAUAUUCCAGGCCAUGUGGGAGGGAAAUAAUGAGCCUGAAAAAGAUAAAGAACACAAACAAGAGGAGAUCAAUGCUAUCACACUUGACAGGAAGGGAACGGGGAGCAGCAGCCUCCUCUAAUUUCUUCAUUUCUGCAAGCAGGAAAUUAAUUCCAUGUUUAUGUUUUUACACACAUGAAAAACGGCUGGGCUGUAAACAACGCGGCACGCUUUGUUUGACUCUCUGAUGAACCUCUGAUUUGAGGCAACCUUCUGUUUGCCUGAGAAAGCCGCAUCAAUUUUCCAAUGCAGCGUACUGUGCAAAGCUGCAGAGACAGGCUGCCUUGAACUGUCACAUGGAAUAAAAGAAGCAUUUCUUGCAUUAAGCAGCCGGGUUUCAAAAUAACUCCCAUAAUGCAGUAGGGUGUUGUGGAGACAUGACAACGCAACCACAAGAAAACAACACCUAAGCAAGAACUUCGGCCGUUAUUUCCUCAGCGAACGUGACAAAGCUUUCUUUCCUGCUUUAAUCACAAACAUGAUGUGCUGUCUGUUUGAAGAAACGUGCUCAUUACGUAUGGAGCUGUGGCUGCAAAAAGAACAAGAAAAGACAGUGGAUUCUAGAAUGUAGAAAUGAGACUUUAAUCUUUAAAAACUAUCUGAAUGUGCUGUGCAACAUUUUUUUAUUCAAUCACAUCUGUGUUUUGUAAUUUUUGUGCAUAUUUUUUAAUGUCUUGUAAAACAGAAAGAAGCAUUAUUUUCAUACAACAAAUCACAUAAAAAGAGCUUUUACAUAA